AUGGCCGACACCCCGAGCGCCAAACGCCAGAGAUCCUCCAAGGACGUUCCCUACGAGCUCAUCUACUGGCCCAGCAUCCCCGGCAGAGGCGAGCACGUCCGCCUGCUCCUCGAGGAGGCCGGCGCCCAGUACACCGACACCGCGCACGCCGAGGACGGCAUCAAGACCGUGCUGGCCCAGAUCGACGGCAAGAACCUCGGCGACGACCUCAACCCGCCGCCGUUGGCGCCGCCGAUCCUGAAGCAUGGCGACCUGCUCAUCAGCCAGACGCCAAACAUCCUGCUGUACCUCGGACCCCGUCUGGGACUGGCGCCCAAGAUCGCCGAGGACGACGACGGCAUCUACCGUGUCAACGCGCUCGCGCUGACGGUGCUGGACGGCCUAAGCAACGAGGCGCACGACACGCACCACCCCAUCGCCACGGGGCUGUACUACGAAGACCAGAAGGAGGAGAGCAAGCGCUGCGCAAAGGAGUACAUCGCCAACCGCCUGCCGAAGUACCUUGGCUACUUUGAGCGGGUGCUGAAGGGCAAGGCCAGCGGGGAGGGACCGUGGCUCUACGGGGGCUCUUUGACGUACGCGGACUUGGUGCUGUUCCAGUGCAUCGACGGUGUCAAGUUUGCCUUUCCCAAUGCCCUCAAGCGGCUCGAGGGGAGCGGCGACUACAAGGGCGUAUUCGAGCUCUACGAUGCCGUCAAGGAGCGUCCCAAGAUCAAGGAGUACCUGGCCAGCGACCGUAGACAGAAGUACAGUGAGGGCAUCUACCGCCAUUACCCAGAGUUGGAUGAGGAGUAG